CAGCAUAUAAAUCCCAACAGCUGAUCAACAGACUUCAGAAAGCCCAACGCCUUCACACAGCGAGGCAGACGGAGAGAGAGAGAGUGACAUCGAAAGGCAUCGAGAGAGAGAGAGACAGCGGAGAGUGAAAGGGGAUACGGGACUGAUAGACCACUUUUUCCUGCAAACUGUGCGUGUGUACAAGUUGGAAUUGUUGGUAGGGAUAGCCACGGUUAUCCGCUACAGUCAGCUAUUGGAGGUCAUCAGCGCUGGGCUUUUUGAUCGCUGAGUUUUAGAGCAGGGAGAGACGGAAACCGGAUCGUUCGCUGCGGGGGAGCUGUCCAGUGCUGUAUGCAUGUGCGCGCCCCCGAAAGGGAACUAUCCAGUGCUGAAGUUGCAUUUCUGUCCAGAGGACCGCGGCGUCGCACAACACCAGCACGAGCUCCACGAGAAGGCGAGCGAGGGUCUGCCUUCGCCCUGUGCUGGCAUCUGAAUCUCGGCGAAACCCGAAGCGGAACAAUUCCAUCGCAGAAAGAAGAAAGGAAAAUUAUAUUGAAAGAAAAGAACAAAACCAGACUUGCCUCACCGUUGCAUGAGGACUGAACGACCUGAACAGCGGACGAGUAUUUUCUUCAGCGUAGAAACAUGCCAAGGUCUUUCCUGGUCAAAAAGGUUAAGCUCGAUGAUUUCUCAUCCGCUGAUCUCGAAAGCUCCUAUGGCAGAUCCAGGGCCGACCUUAGUCUCCGGUUUCACGAGAAAGGGUACAUCAGUGACUACAUGACCCCGUCUGUGUACGAUGGCGAGAGUGACAAUGGCAUCAAAGUACCCUCACCCAGCCCCAUCUACGAAGGCAUACACGGAGAUUAUGGAGCCCCGGACUCGGACCAGCCCGACAGCCCGCAAUCAGAGAUCUCCUCCGGAUACAUCAACGGGGACAACGCGGUCAGCGAGGGGUACUCGGUGGACGCCUUCUUCAUCACGGACGGCCGGUCGAGACGGAAAGCCAUAGCCAGCCCCCGGACCCUGCAGCGCCACACGUGCAACGAGUGCGGGAAGACCUACGCCACUUCCUCCAACCUGAGCAGACACAAGCAGACGCACCGGAGCAUAGACAGUAAGCUUGCCAAGAAGUGCCCCACCUGUGGGAAGGUGUACGUCUCGAUGCCGGCCAUGGCCAUGCAUCUGCUGACCCACGACCUCAAGCACAAGUGCGACAUAUGCAGCAAGGCCUUCAGCAGACCGUGGCUACUGCAGGGCCACAUGCGCUCGCACACCGGCGAGAAGCCCUUCGGGUGCGCACACUGCGGAAAGGCGUUCGCCGACCGCUCUAACCUCCGCGCGCACAUGCAGACCCACUCGGCCUUCAAGCACUACAAGUGCAAAAGAUGCAACAAGACCUUUGCUCUCAAGUCCUACCUGAACAAGCACUACGAAUCGGCGUGCUUCAAGGGAGCCUUUUCGCCUUUGAGUAAUCUCGAAGACUGACUUAUAACACGUUGAAGGAAGAACACUUAAAACUUCCCACUUAAACUUAGAGUGCCCCUGGAAACCCGAUGACGAGCACAGUUUUACUCCAUUUUCCUGCAACAGCAAAAUUACGGAAAUUGUGGAUUAAUCGCAUGUACCUUAACUUUUAUUUUCUGAAUAUAUUAUCUUCUUCCCCGCUGUUCACCCAUUUAGAACCGAGAUAUCAUGUGUUUUGCCAAAACAGAGGACAUUGAAAAUGUCUGUAUUUCUUUCAAAGGUCAAACCUUUUCUAAGUAUUGGAUAAUAUUGUACUGCUGCCAGUGGCUACAAAAGUGUUCAGCGUUGAGGUAAAACUAUUUAUUCAUUCACUUAUUUAUGUAUUUAUGUAGGCAAUUUAUUUAUUUGUUUGUUGUUUAUUUAUUACUUCAAACUGUGUCAAAUCUUUAUUUGCACUUUAUUUUUUUAAUUGUUUUGCCAAGCCUUCGUCAUUAAUAUGCCAAAGCAUUUGCCACUUUCUGAAAUAUCUUAUUUUUAUUUGCCACUUUAUAAAUCUGUUGCAUGCAAAAAAACAAUACUCAUGAAAUCUAUGCCAAUUUAUGAAGCUUUGGAUUUUUGCCAAAAUCUAGAUAGCAUCCGUCGGCAAUAUUUCUCGGGAGUCUCAUAAAGAACUAUAGAGCAAUAACGCAUGGUAUUUUUAAAGAUUAAAUGAGUAAUAACUAUAACAUUUUUAAUCACGAUUUUAUCCAGUACUAUUAGUAGUCGUACAGACAUCCAAUAUCAGGGACAUGCCAGUGUAGUAUUAGAGGAAACAUCGAUUGGGGUGGGGGGAGGGGUAAGGGUCCUUUUGUAAAUGGUUCUGCACUGCCUGCCUCUCAUGUAACGUAGUUUUAGAACUUAGGCUCGUGGUGCUGAUCGAACAGUUCCAAGCCAUUCUGAACACCGCUCCACAUCUGCACAACAUCGGCGCGACCCAUCGCCAUUUUUUCCGAGUGGAUAAAGUUGAAAGGUCACUUCCAAGAGAACUUGCACUGCACCGGGGGGUCAGCCUGCUCGUCACGGAGAGGUGGCCGUAUCACAGCAACGCGAUAGUCCUUUGGAUUUAUCCUAAAAAAAAGCACUUGUUUGUGAACAUUUCCAACUUUUUUGAAGAAAAUAGUAGCACAAAACUUAGAGAUUCAGGUAGAAGGGCCUUGUGUUAGUUUCACUUCUGUUUCCUUUUUGUAUUUCGAACAAAUGGAACCUACCGUUUAUUGCAAGACGCCUUGUACAUAAUCCUUUGGAAUCAAUUAUUUCUACAACCUGUACAAAGUCAAAUAUCCUUAUUUCAGGAGCUCUCUUCCCUGGGACUUUUGCCCAGUAUUUGAACAAUGUAAAGCACAAUGACACCGGGCAUUUUUGUCUCACUUCAUAAUAAAGAAUGA